AUGGCGCCCAAAGCCCCCAAGUUCGAGAUCAAGACCCCCAAGGGCACCAGAGACUGGUCCGGCGGGGACAUGGUUCUCAGGGAGAAAAUCUUCAACACCAUCACCGAAGUCUUCAAGCGCCAUGGUGGCAUUACAAUUGACACGCCCGUGUUCGAGCUGAAAGGCAAAUACGGAGAGGACAGCAAACUUAUUUACGACCUAGCAGAUCAGGGCGGCGAGCUAUGCAGCUUACGAUAUGACUUGACUGUUCCUUUCGCCCGGUAUUUGGCCAUGAACAAGGACGUCACCCAAAUCAAGCGCUAUCACAUCGCAAAGGUGUAUCGCAGAGAUCAACCGGCAGUCAAAAAAGGCCGCAUGAGAGAGUUUGGCGUGUACGAUCCAAUGAUCCCAGACGCCGAAAUUAUCAGGAUCAUCAACGAGGUCUUUGAUAGCCUGGGAUGGCAGGGAAAGUACACAAUCAAGCUCAACUCUCGAAAGAUCCUCGACGGCAUCUUCCAGGUUUGCGGCGUACCCGACAGCCUGAUUCGGCCCAUCUCCUCGGCCGUGGACAAGCUCGACAAGAUGCCCUGGGCCGAUGUCAGGAAAGAGAUGGUUGACGAGAAGGGAUUAGCGCCCGAAGCUGCAGACAAGAUUGGCCAGUAUGUGGUGCUCAAAGGGCAACGAGACCUGCUUGAGAAGCUGCAAAAGGAUGAAGCCCUGGCGGCCAACCCGUCCAUGCAGCAGGGCUUCGCAGACAUGGAUCUGCUCUUUACUUAUCUCGAAAAUUUUGGUGCUCUGCACACUGUUUCCUUCGAUCUCUCACUAGCCAGAGGUCUGGACUAUUAUACGGGAGUCAUCUAUGAGGUCGUGACGGAGGGCUCAGCGCCAGCUGUCUCAGCCGCAGACGGUGCCGCCGAGAAGGCGGCUAAGAAGAAGGGGGUUAAGCCUGGUGACCCUGAUGAAGACCGAUCUGACGACCCCACUGUUGGGAUAGGCUCCGUUGCGGCAGGCGGCAGAUAUGACAAUCUCGUUGGCAUGUUUUCUGGGAAGACCCAGGUCCCAUGUGUAGGCAUCAGCUUCGGCAUCGACCGGAUUUUCUCCAUCAUUCAGGCAUCGCAGAAGAAGAAGGAACGGAGAAACGAGGUGGAUGUAUUCGUCAUGGCUUUUGGCGGUGGCAAGGACUUCACAGGGCUGCUCAAGGAGAGAAGUCAGAUUUGCUCCCGCCUAUGGGAUGCGGGGAUCAAGGCCGAGUUCCUGUACAAGGUGAAGCCGAAGUUGCAGAACCAGUUCAAGGCCGCUGAGACGAACGGCGUGCCGUUUGCUCUUAUUCUAGGCGAGGAUGAGCUCGCUCAGGGGAAGGCAAGACUCAAGGAGAUGGGUCUCCCUGAAGACCACCCGCUGAAGGAGGGCGAACUUAUCAGCCUCGACAAUCUCACCGAGGAGGUGCAGCUACGCCUUACGCGGAAGAAGGAACUGGACUCCAUCGCACAGCAAGCUGAGGGUCUGAGAGUCGUUGACGGCAUCAAGGGUGAGGAAGUCAAGGCCGCUGUAGCCGACUCAACCCCUCCGCAGCCAUCUGUACUAGACGCGCAGGUCAACUGA